GAGAUCUGAUAAAAUGCCUGAUGAUGUUAUGGAGGCAUUUAAAUCUAUAUUAAUAUCUGAAGGUGAAAUGACUAAUGAGCAGGCUGAUAGAUAUAUGUUUAUGAUCGAAAGGAAUAAAAGAUAUCAACAAGAAGUUUG